CCCCRUAAUAAUCAGCUCUUUUAUCCAGACCAACAAACACACCAUAGGAGCUUUGUGGAUUCAAAGGAUUUGCUUUCCCCUCUCAWAGAGCCGCUAUUCUUUGAUGAUUGGGCAGCGGCAAACUUCAAAGUAARAAAUCUUAUUUCUGACUGGCUGGCGGCCCACCAAAGUCCUUAUCAAAUUCUAAGAAGUGAUCCCUCACUCUCCAGAUAGUCCAAGGAUAUCUCGAGGAGAGGAAGUAUUGAGAGUGAAGACUUUACCACGUCAAGACAUUUUUCUACGGUUUUACAUUUAUCUCAAUUAGUUUUGAUAUUGUGAUCUGUUUUUAACAAAAAGAAAGAGGACGUUUACCAUGGCAGCAGUGGCUGUACUGCGGAAUGAAACACUCCAGGCUUUUCUUCAGGACCGCACUCCUAACUCUUCUCCAGAAAACUGUAAGCACUCUCCACUGGCGCUCUUAGCUGCCACUUGUAACCGGAUCGGACACCACCACGGAUCAAGUCCGGCGGAUUUCCUCCAGGUUCCUUAUGACACUACUUUAGGCUCGCCAUCGCGAAUUUUUCAUCCUUGGAGUAACGAGGGYAAUCCUCAAAGCACUCUCUCUAGCAAUUCUACUUUUGGACUAUCAUCUAAAUCCCAGCUCCACAUUCAAAGUUCAUUUACUUCCCACCACGAGCUCCCUCUCACCCCUCCAGCGGAUCCUUCAUAUCCUUAUGACUUUUCUCCAGUGAAUAUGUUACCGUGCUCAAUGCAGUCGUUACAGUCCUCGUGCCCACCCACCUACGUCCCUGCUGUAUCUUACGCAGCGCCAACUGCCAUGCCAGGUUUCGUUACYGGACAUUCUGGCCUUGUGCACCAGCAACAGAGGCAGUUGUCCCCUAGCCCAGGGGAGGAUAUUCCGUGGUGGAGUCUCCAACAGGGAAACCACGUCAGUCAUCACCACUCAAUCACCACUCAAUCCCUUGGCCACCACCGUUUCCAGCUGCAGAGGGGCUUGGUGAUGGGGCAUACAGACUUCGCGCAGUAUCAGACUCAAAUCGCUGCCCUCCUUCACACCAAGUCCCCCCUCGCAACAGCCCGAAGAUGUCGGCGAUGCAGGUGUCCAAACUGUCAGUCCUCCACCUCAAACGAUGAGCCCGGCAAGAAAAAGCAACACAUCUGUCACAUACCAGGGUGCGGGAAAGUUUAUGGCAAAACUUCCCAUCUCAAAGCGCACUUGAGGUGGCACUCGGGAGAGCGUCCAUUUGUUUGUAACUGGCUUUUCUGUGGCAAGAGUUUCACCAGGUCUGAUGAGCUGCAGAGACACCUGAGGACACAUACUGGGGAGAAGCGCUUUGUUUGUCCAGACUGUUGCAAGAGGUUCAUGAGGAGUGACCAUUUGGCAAAACAUGUCAAAACUCACCAAAACAAAAAAACCAAGUGUCAUGAGAAGACGUUUGAUCAUCACGUGAAAAGGGAAGAUAUGAGGAACAUGUAGUAGCCUACAUUAGAGUAAAUUUGAUAUCAUAAUCAAGAUAGUGCAAUAUAAGUCCUUUACUUAGUUGAAGUACAAACUGACAUUUCCAUUAUUUUUGGUUACUUUGUUUUUUCUUACYUACUGAAAACCAAUUUCUCUAACAUUGCAGGUCUGUUUAGGAUGAUUUUUGUUGUUGUAUAUAUGACAUCUGUCUCAAAGUUAUCAUGGGAUCCUGGAGAACUUACUUUAAUACCCCAAUGGGCUAGUAUUCAAUGUCUAUAAACCAUAUCAAGAAAGACAAGUUUCAGCUUGUGUUUGGAUCAUUGUCUUCGGUGGAAGAUUUCACUUUCUUGUAAAUAAUAUUUAAUAGCUUUUGUUGAAUGAAAGUGUCCGUUUUCGCUCCAUGUGGGGUGUUUUAGCAUGCUCUUGAAAAGAUAUGCUAUUGUUGAUAUGACCCAAAUACUGUGUGAGAAUAAAAAAUAUACAAAUGUC